GUGAAUUCAUCCGCUGCCAUCACCUCAUGUUUCAGCAUUAUAAUGCACGGCCCCAUUUCGCAAGGAUCUCUACAAAAUUCCUGGAAGUGGAUGAUGUCCCAGUUCUUCCAUGGCUUGCAUACUUACCAAACAUGUCACCCAUUGAGCAUGCUUGAGAUGCUCUAGAUCGACGUGUACGCCAAUAUCCCGCCAAUAUCCAACGACUUCGCACAGCCAUUGAAUAGGAAUGGGACAACUUUUCACAGGCACAAUCAACAACCUUAUCAACUCUAUGCGAAGGAGAUGUAUCGGCUACAUGAGAUAAUGGCCGUUCCUCCUACCUAUGUUGACCUUGGCAAGUCCGCCAAGGAUGUCUUUACCAAGGGAUACGGUUUUGGUCUCAUCAAGCUGGACUUGAAAACAAAGUCAGAUAAUGGACUGGAGUUCACCAGCACGGGCUCUGCCAACACCGAGACCAGCAAAGUGGCCGGCACCCUGGAGACCAAGUACAAGUGGGCCGAACACGGACUGACCUUCACUGAGAAGUGGAACACCGACAACACUCUGGGCACUGAGAUCACUCUGGAGGACCAGUUGACCAAAGGGCUUAAACUGACGUUUGAUUCCUCCUUCUCGCCAAACACUGGCAAGAAGAGUGGUAAGAUCAAGACUGGCUACAAGAGGGAGCACAUCAACCUGGGGUGUGAUGUGGACUACGACAUUAACGGGACAGCUGUGCACGGCAUGGCGGUGGUGGGCUACGAGGGCUGGCUGGCCGGCUACCAGAUGACCUUCGAGGCCGGGAAGAACAGGGUCACCCAGAGCAACUUCGCUGUGGGCUACAAGACCGACGAGUUCCAGCUCCACACAAAUGUAAAUGACGGCACCGAGUUCGGGGGCUCCAUCUACCAGAAGGUGAACGACCAGCUGGAGACAGCAGUCAACCUGGCCUGGACCGCUGGCAACAGCAACACCCACUUUGGCAUUGCAGCCAAGUACCAGAUUGAUGCCGACGCAUCUUUCUCGGCCAGAGUGAACAACUCUAGCCUUGUGGGCCUGGGAUACACUCAGACUCUGAAGCCUGGCAUUAAGCUGACCCUUUCUGCUCUCCUGGAUGGGAAAAACAUUAACACCGGUGGGCACAAGCUCGGCCUUGGCCUAGAGUUUGAGGCAUAAGAAGGCAAGGAACACAACAACAACCCCAAACCUUUUACAACAACCAAAUAUUUUAUUGAAAUAGCUAUCCUCACAACCUUGUUUCCCUUACAGUAGAUGUGCUUUGGUUGAGGUGAGGCGGCACACGUGGUGAAAUCGCACUACAGUUGAUAUUCCACUUUUACAGGACCAUUUCAGAUAAAAUAUUUUGGAAUACAGGGCCCAGUUUAGAAUAAAACUAAGAUGUUUUAAUGGUCGGCAAAAUGUAAAAAUGAUAAAGGUCUGUUAAGGUCUCAUGUAAACACAAAUUUAUUUAUAUAUAUUUUCAAAGCGGAUAAGAGAAAAUAAGAUACUGUAGAUAAAAAAAAAUUCAAGGAUUUGGUAAACAUACAGUUUACUUUUUGUCCACAUGGUGGGGCUGUUGCAUUAAACAGAUCACUGGAACUGGAUUACAACAUAAACAUUCCUUGGUCAAGGUGAAAUAUUCCUCUGUACUGGAGAGCUCUCUCCUUGUAAACCCUCUGACAAAGAAGGGAAGUGUCUAAGAUAUUAUAUUAUUAUGGGAUGGGUAAGUGGUCCUUCACCUAAGCAGCAUUAGCUGUAAGGCACUAACUACUUUUUGGGAAUAUGGGGCCAUUUAGGAUCAAACUUGUUUUUGACUCGACUGUCGGUGUAUUUGGUGUGAAUUAUUUUUUAUUACAUAUAGCAAAAAUAUAUUAACAAUGUUCUUGAAUACUUAACCUGUCUGUGAAGUUUAAGGCAAACCUCAAUUGUUCCCAAAUAGAAAGGUAACCUGUCCUGCACACUAUACAACAUCCCUCUUAACACAAAUUAUUUUACAAGGAAUGUUAGUCUUCCGAUGAUGGUGUUGGAACAGACAAACUCUGUGUACCUGACGUUGUUACUCCGUUAAAUAAAGAACAACAUCUUGAA